CGGGUGUGCACCCAUUCAGUAAAGUGUUGGACUGCUCACUGAUAAAUCUACAACCAGAGUCGGAUACAACAAAAUAGCUUGAGUACCUGCACAACUUGAAUCAUCUUGGCCACCUCCACUUUAGUCUUCCCCUUCACUGGUUUCCCGUUCACACCUGUGAUUUCAUCUCCUGCUGCCAGCGUCCCCUCCAGAGCUGCUGGGGUGUUAUCGAAGACCUGGGAGACGACACAAACAUCAUUUAAAAAAGACUGAACCAAGCUGCUCCAUCUUCCACUUUAACUCCAGGACUCUUCACACACACACACCAGGACCCAACAUGAGCUUGCAACUGGAAAUGAAGAAUGUGAAUCUGCAAACUGGCGAUCAGCUGAAAAUCAAAGGAAUACUUCUGCAUGAUGCUGAAAGAUUCCAGAUCGACCUCGGCAGCGAUGAAGACAACCUGGCUCUUCACUUCAACCCCCGGUUCCACGACGACUGCGACGGAGCUGUGCUCGUGUGCAACUCCAAGUCGGAAGGCUGUUGGGGCGACGAGCAACGGGACACACACAACCCUCUGCAGAGGGGAGCAGAACUCAAGAUCGUGUUGAAGUUGACCGGAGACAUGUUCGAGGUGGAACUCCCUGAUGGGAACGAAGUCCAGUUCCCGAACCGUGUGGCCAUGGGCGUCUUCGACUACAUCCGAAUCAUCGGGGACAUCAAGCUGAAGUCCAUAAAGAUCAGCCAAUAGAAAC